CUUCGCUAUCAUUGCUUAUCAAUAACUUUUUGUGAGACCAAUACAUUCGAAUAAUGAUAUUUGUCGUAUAAAUAUUUUGAAUCAUUUUUUCAUUCGUCGUUUUUGAUAUUAUAUGAUGCGUUGGUUGAGUUCAUACGAGUUUCGUUGUUUAUCUCGCGCACAAGACCGAUCAACCCUAUCAGAAGUGAGAACGAAUAAAUCUAAUAAUAAUCGAUAGAUGUACGGGUUGCAGGAUUUAGAAUUCCGGAAGCUGGAAAGUGAAAUAAACUUGCCUGUGGAGUGUUGAACAGACGUUCGGUCUUUAUGUAUCGAAUUACAGACCGUAAAUAUGUUGUUUAGAAAAUAUUAUCACCUUUUCUUGAUAUGGUUAAAUUUGGUAUCCUCGUUUCAUGUGCCUAAAACGUCAAGAUUAUCGGGUUUCAUAUUGGUUAAUGGAAACCUAACCUAUGUUGAAGAAAUAAUACCUUCACAUUUCAAUACUGUUGGAAAAGCACCAGAAAUAUACCAUCCAAAUGGCAGAGAUACUGUCAGCUCAUCAACAGCUGGUGUUAAAUUUGAACCUCCUAUUUUAUAUUUUGAAGACAAGGUGGUUGGAUAUUCGUACAGGGAAACUGUAUACCUAAUAAAUACUAGUCAAAAUAAAACGCUUGAAAUUCAUAAAAUUGCCGGAGGCAAAUGCAGUCAGUUUCAAAUCGCUACGUUUGGAAAUGAAAUUGUUCCUCCCGGAGGAAAUACGUCGUUUGACAUUAUUUUUGUAGGAAAAGAUUUAAUUCCUGUAUCAACGCAGUAUCACGUUUUUACAUCCAGAGGAAUUAUAAAAUACGAUGUUUUUUCCACAUGUGUGGAAAAUCCAUUCAGGAUAAUUCCUAUGGCAUCGGUUGUCUUGCCAUUAAAUUCUUCAUAUAGUCAUAGCGUUACAUUGAGAAAUCCGUUCCCAGAACCACUCUUGAUUACCGAAGCUUUGCUACACGGAGGUAAUCACGCAUCACAUACGUUACCGUCAAAUAUAGAUUUAGAAAAUGCAGUCGAGUCGUGGACUUUGCAGCCAUACGAAACGAAAGAAAUUUUGAGGAUACAUUUUUCGACUACUGAAGCGUGGAAUUUAACGACACUUCAGAGUAUCAAGUUAGCUAGCGGAACUACUCUAUUAAUACCUGUUGACAUCGAGGUAGUACCUAGAACUGGGUUGUACGUUCCUAAUUUGAAAAUCGAUUUCGAUAGCGGCGGCCAUCUGGAUCCUCCAGCAGUUCGACCUUUACAUUUAUGUAGCAGUUCGAAGAAAACUGUGAAUAUAGAAAAUGUAUCAUGCGAGUCAAAUAUUGACGGAUGUGAGGUAGAAGAUUUUAUUCCAACUACGUUACCUCCUUCGUCCUGCGCUGCUGAUCCGGUAGCCAAAGUAAAAUUUGUUUGGAAUGCAAAACUUCCAGGCGAAUUAAUUACUGGCGGAUUACUCGUACAAAAUGAUUUACAUCCGAAUUUUCGAGUGAAUUAUACUGCUAGAGUAUAUCAUGGUGGGCUGACGUAUAAUACGUCUUCAACUUUAUAUCUAACCAAUAGUCCGUCUUAUAGCGCUACUUCUAGACCAUUCGCGUUUACCAACGAAUAUCGUGAAUUGGUCUCAGUCAUGAAUGUAUACUUAUCUUUCGAAGCUGCUGAAUAUUUUCAGAUUCGUGAUUUCGAACCUUCGGUUUUGAAACCGCAAGAGCAAAGAGUUCUAUUCAAUUUACAAAUGAGAAAAGGAGUGAGAUUAGCGGAUGUGAAACUUGACAGUUCUAUUCUGCUAGAAACUAAUAUUUCUACCGUGAGAUUACCUUUAAAGGUUUAUGACGGAACGUUGACAAAAUUAUCAAAAGUUUCUCCGUCAUCGUUACAUUUAGGUUUGGUUAGCGCUAGAACAACAGUUAUGACUUAUUUUGGUAUCGCUAAUACAAAUCCAGAGACAAUUUUCGUUAAAUAUUUCGGAUGUAACGAAUCAUCUGUCAGAAUUGAGCUUCUAGAUAUUAAACCUGGAAAUGCUAGAACAUUUCAUUAUAGAUCUUUUGCUCGCAACGAGACUGGCGUUUUACACGCUGGUGGAUUUAAUGUUCAUCCACAUCACUACGCUUCGUUCAAAUUAUCUGUAAAUACGAGCGAUACUGAAGGAGAAGUACAUGCUGAUGUAUGGAUUCAGUCGGAAUUUCAAAAAAUUGUGUUCCCAUUUUAUAUGAACGUAGCCAAAGGUUAUCUUCGUGUUUCACCCGAUCCGUUUGAAUUUGAAGAUUGCUUUCCAGGAGCUUUUUGCGUUCAGCAACUCACCAUUGAGUCGCAUUUCAUGCGAAGCAUGUCAAUUUUAAAUAUUUCUACUAUUCCACAUACUCCUUACGAUAAACUGCUAUUUUAUCCAAACGUACCUUCUAUGAUCGCUGGACAUGCUACUAGUAUCAUUGGUAAUAUAUUAUGGGAGCCGACUAUUGAUUCGUCGCAGACUUGGCCAUUGGGAUAUUUAGGGUUACCAAAUAAUAAUACUGGGAGAGAUCGAUGGUUAGGCACGAUAGAACGGCCUAAUAUAACUAGAGAUUUCGAUCUUACUUUGAUAGAAUCGCAAUAUUUAAGAUACAGAGAACAAUACAGUUCGCCCAUAGAACUAAUGUUCAGAAUAGAUACGACGGAAAUCAAAAAUUUUCUAUUCAAAGGUCGAAUACAGCUGCAAUGGCCGCAGAUAGUUACUACUAGAGUGAUAGAUUUUCCACUCGUACAAAUUGGUACUACAAUUUAUGAAAAUGUUAGUAUUUUUAAUCCAAUGCACAGUCAUUAUUUGACUGUUCAAGCCAUAAUGGCGCAGUAUUAUCAGCAAGAGGUGCCUUCGGUUGUUGGAACAAUGAUGUCUGAGUUCGAAGAACCUGGCGGAAUUGAAGCCAAAUCGAACGAAUUCUUUUUGGAUAUGACUGUUAAAAGCCCUUAUCGUUAUGUUGCGUUGACUGGCUCUAAAAAGAGAUACAUUACGCAUCGGUCUAGCGUCGUGUUUGUUCUUCCACCUCAGGCUAAUGCCACAAUACGUGUAGGAUUUACGCCAACAAAUCCACUUCUAACUACUAGUAGAUUAUAUUUAAGGAACGAUUUCACGAUUUUGGACUCGGUUGUCUUGAAUGGAGCAGGAGCGUAUCCACAAUUAACGUUGGAAGGUUUGGAUAACACAGUGAUCCAUUUAAUCAAGUUCUCUAUUCCAAACGAAAUUUUGAAAAUGUGUGAAGAAUCGAGCACUAGAGUCUUAAACAUUACAACCAAGAGGAUAUAUAGAUUGAGGAAUACCGGCCAAGUUAGCGUUCAUAUUUUUGGUUUUACAAUUAACGGAUUGCCUUGUCAAGGAUACGGUUUCAAGAUAACUAAUUGUCAUCAUACUCCGUUCGUUUUGAAACCUGGCACCACGAAACGAAUUGAGAUAUCAUUUACUCCUGAUUUUACAUCUGCGCGGGUAGAAAGCACGUUACAAGUCGAAAGCGAUAUAAAAAUGGGUUCUAUGUUGAGCUAUACGUUAUACGCAGCCCUGGACUCGGAUUGGCUGCGAAAAUGCAAACCUCAUUUGCAAAGACCUCAUUGGGAGCCGACGGUGUACUACGUGAUGAUAGCAUUGUUCUUCUUUUUAAUAAUAGGCGUCGCUAUAAUGGCCGUAUACGAAGUAUCUGCUCAUACGAGUCGACUUAUCAACGGGUUUGGAGAAAUUGAGGAAAAAGUUGAAGCAAUCUACGAUCUCAAAUUCAUCGAAUCAUUCAUCUGUCGAUCCAGUCACGCUCAUUCUCAUUCUCAUCAUGGUCAUCAUCGAUCUAUGGCAACAGUUACGCAUAUGAAAGCCGAUAUUAUUAGACAUUCAAAAGAAAACCGAGAAAUUGAUACUUCGAUCUUGUUCGAAGAAAAUAAUUUGGCCGUUGAUUCGAAAAUUGCCAACGGUUCGGAUUUCGUAUCUUCGAAUAGUGAAAACACAAAACGCACAAAUGAUACGAAUCUUCCCGAUUGCGAUGAAUUAAUAUCAGAGCUGAUUCGUACGCCUUCUGUCGCACAACCUUCAUCCUCCGUGAGUCCGAUCAUAAAAUCUACCGUUUGUUCGGAAAUACUUUCUAGUCAACCUAUCAUUAACGUGAAGAAUAUCAGUAUUAUGAGCAAUCUAACCGCCGACUAUCGUAGAAAUAGAGGUGUUCUUGAUCUCAACAACAUUAAAAUUAACGAUCCUAAUGAUACUCACCAAAUAACCUCUUUCAGAAGUGAUUCAUUGAGCGAAAUGGGUAUUUUAAUCGAUGAAAACGAAUACAAAGCGAGAAAAGGUAGAAAAUGCGAUUUAGAUGAAGCUUGUUUCAAAUCUAAAAAACACGCUAAAAAAGAAGAAAAACUCAAUGGUGUCAAGUUCCUAAAAAAUGGUUGGACCAAGUGUAUAAAAUGUGGUGCUUUUAGAAAAGAUUUAAAAGCAAUUGACGAGAAGAAAUGCAACUGUCCUGAAAAAUACAUCGUUUAUACGAACGAUAAAGAAGUAGCACAAAAUCUUUUAACUGCUGGUUCAUCUAGUCAUAAUAAUUAUUCUAAAUAUAAUAAGGAAUUACCUCGCAAAUUGGAUUUGAAUAAAUGCAACAAAAAAUCCAACUCGUCUGCUGGUGAAGUCGCUUCCGAAACAUCUUCGACGACUACGGAAACGCCCGCGAUAAUUGACGAAAAAGAAAUUGAUCACGCUCCUAAAACACCCAAACAAAAAAAGAAGAAACCUGCAGAACUGAAUCAGAAACAAAUGGAGAGCUCAACAAAAGGAAGCUCAAAGGAGAACUGUCUUUCAAAAACAAAGCAAACUGUAGAGGUGAAAAAAUGCAACAAAGAUGAAAAAAAUAAUACCCAGUUUGUGAGCAAACAAGAUCCGGCGAAGAAUCCAGAAACCCAAACGGAAGCCUUGAAACCAAUAACGAAUCUUCCAAAAAGCAAAGAACCAUUUGAAACGCUUUCCAGUCUGUGUAGUGAAAAUAACAAUUUGAAAACUAAGCGCAAAUCUAACGUUAAAAAACGCACAAAAGAAGAUAAAUUUAUGAAUUUAGCUAAAGAAUUAUCGAUCGUAUUCAACACGCCGGACACGUUAGAUCGGAAAUUCACUGCCAACAGAAACAACGUUAAAAAUACUACUUACGGUGGUAAAAAGAAAGUUGAGAAGAAAAAUCAAGAAUCUGUUAUAAAAUCCGAUAAUUCAAGACGUAAACCUGUUAUGUGUAAUGAUAAUUUGAAAACUGUUCGUGAAGAAUCGAAUAGAAACGUAGAGCAAGAACCUAAUUACAAUGUAGUGAUCAGCGAAACAAAUCAUAAUUCGAUCAGUUCGUUGAAUAAUGCAUUAUUAUAUUCUCGGGUAGUUGCACCACCUACUAGAUCAUCUUCGUCGUCAUCUACGUCAGAAAGUACUGCGUCAUUUGAAUCACCAGGAUUGAUAUCAACAAAAAUUGUUGAUAACCGUCCGAGUAACAGCGUGUUUUGGGAGUCUUGGAAGAAUGAUAUGUUAUGUCAGAAUGGUGUCAUGCCUUCCAAUAGUCAUAUUUUUGAUUUGCCAGCUAUAAACAAUUGUGAAGAGAGAAACGAUACGAGAAGUAAACCGAUGUUUUCUAAUUAUGAAAUUCCCGAAUUCGUUGUGCUCGGAGAUGACGAAAGAAAUCUAGCGAGUGAAUCGUAUUUCUGCAAACCGAGUUAUUCAAGUAAACCUGAAAACAACACGAAUAAUUUCCGUUUUCCGGAGGAAUAUGACAUAAAUUCAGACGAAGCCGAAGACACAGAGUACUACAAUUUCGCCAAAGGAAAUUUAUCCGAUGAUGAUAAUUUGAUAUUAAGACGUCCUCAACCACACAGCAUGAAACCUGUCAGUAACGAUAUAUGGGGCCCUCCGACAUCUGUUUAUUCCUGGACACCUUCCGACUUAUCAGGUUCUCCUACAAAUUCGACUUCUGACGCAGCAUCAGCGUUAUCACUCAGUAGGCUUCUAAGAUUUGAAGAAAAGAAGGAAAAAGUGAAAGAAGACAUCGAACAAUACAGAUCUCUUAGCUCUUUGUGGUCAAGUGACACGAAAUCAUUAUGGAGUCAUCCGAAACAAGAAUAAAUUUUUUGAUUAUUUUUUUAUUUUGUUUGUUUGUUUUUUUUUUGUUUUCCUUCUUUUCAUUGUUUUUUUGUAGUUAGCGAACGAAGUUUUUAGUAGAUUUCGAAAAAUCUCAUAAGCGUGAAAUGAUUGAUUGUAAUGGAGAAUAAAUCGUUUUUUCAUUUUUCCUUUCAA